CGAGCUGCUUGCGCCUGUUGACCAACGCAAGGUCCCUUGAUUAUUUGGCCAGCUGCUGCGCCUUUGCACUUUGUUCAACGCGCGCUGCUUCUCAAGUCGCGCUCCGUACACCCGCUCCAUACACGCAGGCUUCAUAGAUACGGACAUAAUGUCGUUCAGCUUUGGACAGACGGGCGGUAGCGGCAGCGGCAGUAACACGCCGAACAAACCCCUCUUUGGCGCCACCAGCUCUGGCGGAACAGGCUCUCUCUUCGGCGGAACCACCAACGCAAACACAGGCUCCAGCACUCCAAGCGGUCCUAAUCUCUUCGGAAGCGCGAACACAGGAUCCUCCUCGACGCUGUUUGGAAAUACCUCGUCGAACGCGCCUGCUGCAAGCAAGCCCGGUGGUGUCUUUGGAGGGAAUCAAGCAACUUCAGGAGCCUCCCAGCCGGUAUCAAGUUCAUUCUCGUUUGGGAACGUCGGAGGAGCAAACGCAGCUAAACCGACUCUAUUCGGAGGUGCUGGAACAAGUGGCACCACGGUGGCAACUACAGGAGGAACCACUUCAACGUCUACGCCGACGUUCUCGUUUGGCAAUACGGCAGCGUCCUCUACUCCAGCUGCGACGCCCGCCGCAAACAAAACAUUCUCCCUGCCUUCGACGACUCCAGCUGGACCUCCGCCCGGCACAAGCUUGUUCGGCGGUCAAUCGGCUCAGACAGGCACAAGCGCAAGCUCCCAGGCCCCUUCGCUGUUCGGAACGAAGCCAGCCACCGCAUCCACACCUACAACAAGCCCCUUCGGUGCUGCAGCUUCGAGCUCGACCCCAGCGAAGCCGUUGGGCAGUACCCCAGGUGGCUCAGGCCUCUUCAGCUUUGGAAAUAAAGAUGCGACAGCCGAUGCGAACAAAAGCACGCCUACGCAACCAUCGCCUGCCCCGACAAACAUUUUCGGUGGUGCCGCCCAAUCCGGAGCGUCUGGCGGACAAGGCACGCAAGCCACUCCAAAGCCGUCUUUGUUCGGCAACCUAGGUAGCACAACACCGUCUUCUACACCAGCGAGUAAACCACCGGCAUUCAGUCUAGGCGCAACACCAGCUUCCGCGCAGCCAGCCUCAUCGCAACCUUCUGCAACAACUCCAGCAAACCCCUUGAGCUUAGGUGGCGACAGAUCGACUCCUGUAUCGACGGGAGCGCCAGCAAGCAACAUGUUUUCGGCCGCAAGUGCUGGAUCCGGUCCUUCUGGGGGCUCCGGCUCUGGUGGAUUCGGUUUUCUUAAACCGGGCGGCAAUGCUCCGGCAUCUACAGCUGCCCCCUUGGGUGGUUCGACAGCUUCACCUGGUGCCGGAACCGCUACUACCGCAACCUCCGGUCUGUCUCUCUUUCCUAGCCUAGGAGGCGGUGCCAGUGCAGCUAGCUCAGGGGCCGCAUCGACAAGCACCGCUGCGCCUGGGCUCUUCAGCUUAGGAGGAGCCAAGCCUGCCGGUACCACUGCGCAGCCCUCUACAUCCACAAAUACAACGGCACCUGCUGCUUCUUUUGGGGGAACCACGACAACAGCAGGCGGUGACGCGGCUAAGAGUGGACUUGCCAGCUCGACGGCCGGACCUGCCCCGUCCGCGCAGUCCCGCCUGAAGAACAAGUCGAUGGACGAAAUCAUCACGCGUUGGGCAGCGGAUUUGUCAAAGUACCAGAAAGAAUUCCAGACACAAGCCGACACGGUCGCCAAGUGGGAUCGGGCGUUGGUCGAGAAUUCGGACAAGGUUAAGCAACUGUACUCGAAGACGUUUCAAGCGGAACGCGAUGCAGCUGAGGUCGAGAGGCAGUUGACCAUGAUGGAAGAGAACCAGCAGGAGCUAGAUCAAUACUUGGAUCGGUAUGAGAAGGAGAUCGAGAACUUGAUGAAGAUACAUGGCGUCGGCGGGAGGUCUGAUGGCCUCCGCGGGCCGGAUCAGGAACGUGAGAGGACGUACGUUGACUUUUCUUUACCCGCUUCAACUGACGACAGUCUACCCCGGGCGCCAUCCGCUGAUCGCUGGAACAGCUACAAACUGGCCGAGAAGCUCCAGGACAGGCUCAACGAGCUCAACAAGGACCUCACCGAGAUGAUUGAGGAGAUCAACAGCACGUCACAGACCCUGAGCAAGACGGGCAAACCAGAUGAUCCCUUGACAAAGGUCGUCCGGGUCCUCAAUUCGCAGCUCUCGCAGCUCCAGCUUAUCGACUCUGGGGCUGCUCAGCUACAAGAGAAGAUUGACGCAGCGCGGAAGGAGAGCCAGCGCGUUGGUGCCAAUGGCUGGAAUGGGCUUGGAACCGAUCCAGCGGAGGACUUCUAUCGGAGCUAUAGAGGUGGCCGGACCGAUCGAUUUGGAGGCGUCUCGUAGGCAGCAUUUCGUUCUGGAGAAAGCGGGAUGAACUGGCCAUUAAAAGCGAACUAUUUGAAACACCUAUCUAGGACUGCAUGGGAGGCCGGCGUUAGGGUAACACAUCCCGAAAGCUCGGCCAAGCGAGACUACGGCCCGCAUGGGAUUUGUACCAUAGGACAAGCACUUAAUGAAAAAGCG